AAUUUGAAUUGAAUAUUAAAUAGUUUUGUGAGGUUAUGUUUUGUUUUGUAUAACAAAAUAUUAUAUUUUUUGUGGAAUAAUUUUAAAUGACUGCAACAGAUUCAAAGUCUUUAAAUAUUUAAUAGUUAAAACAUAAUUUAUCAUCAUGAAUCCCAUGACAAAUGUGAAAAAUGUAUUGAAGUUAAGCGAAAGAGAGCUCGCUGGCAAUUCAAAAAGUUCUUGGCAUGAUCAGUACAAAGAUAGCGCUUGGUUAUUCAUAGGCGGCUUGCCAUACGAUUUGACGGAAGGAGACGUUAUUUGUGUUUUUUCUCAGUAUGGAGAAAUCGUUAAUAUUAAUUUAGUGAGAGACAAAGGAACAGGCAAAUCAAGAGGAUUUGCAUUUAUUUGCUAUGAAGAUCAAAGGUCGACUAUUCUUGCAGUGGACAAUUUGAAUGGAAUUAAGAUUUUAGGUAGGACAAUUCGGGUGGACCACUGUGAACAAUAUAGAGUGCCAAACGCAGACAUGACCAAAGUAGACGAGUUGACAGCAUUGGUAAGGGCAGAAGGAUGUGCACCUACACUACAAACGCCACAAGAUGUGCCUGUUAAAAAGGAGAUCCACAAAGAAAAGAAAAAGAAACAUAAAGAAAAGAAAAGCAAAAAGAAAAAGAAACACAAGAGCAAGUCUGAUUCUGAUGAUAGUUCCAGUAAUUAAGAUUCCAAUAAAUUUUUCAAGAAUGAAA